AUGUCAAAUAAGAAAGGUGAAAAUGCAAAUCUUGAUUUCAACAGUUGGGCAGAAAAUCCAAGAUUGAAGAAAGUUCCACAACAAAAAAAUUCUUAUGAUUGUGGUGUUUUUACAUUAGCUUCAUUGAACACAUUAGAAAAAAUAAUAUACGAGAUUGCAUCUGGUGAAUUGUUGACAUAA